AGAGGUCGUAUCUCUUUCCUUUUCUUUCUCUCUUUCGCUCAGCGUCUUCGUCUCCGCACUCGCAUCUUUGCCACAGCCAUUCAAAGCCUUCUGUGUGGCUCCGCUUACAUACACACACCCAGACACACACACGCACACACAUACGCACGCACGCACGUCGACAGCCGCAAGAGCUUUGAGGUCCGUCCUGCACAAUCGGUAAAGGACGUUGCUUUCUGGUUCUGUUUGCUUCGCUUCAUCCCCACGUCUUCGGCAGUGACCAUCGUCUAUUCUCCUCGCACUGCUUCAGGCUUCUUUUUCCUUCCUCUCUGUUGCGGCUGCUGUCGGGAUUCACGAGUCCCCUGUUGACGCCACCAGACCUUUUCUUUUCCUUUUCUCCGUUGCGGAGGCAGCUGAAGGCUUCUUCCUUCCGUCUCCUCCUCGCUCUGCUCCUUCCUCUUCUUUGCUAUUUUCUUCUCCCGCAGCGAACGCCGCCUGGGCCGUAACGCCAUGGGCACCCAAGGCGAUCAAGAUGCGGCGCACAGCGAGGCCCACGAGGAGUCCCCGCACGAGCCCACCCAGCCCUCCGCCUCCGACGCGGUCCCCGAUGACCACGAGGCAAAGGCGCCUACCCUCGGCCACGCCGUGAACUUCACGUGGGAGAACUUGACCUACCAGGUCCCCGUGGAGGACAAGAACGGCAACAUCACCUACAAAACGCUGCUAUUUAACCUUAGCGGAUGCGCCAAGGGCGGACGCGUGCUCGCCAUUAUGGGUCCCUCUGGUGCGGGCAAGACGACGCUGAUGGGCACCAUCACCGGCAAGCUCUUCAACGCCACCGCGCGCCAGGAAGGGUGCUGCUUCAUGAACAACAACAUCUAUCAACAGCGCUACAAGCGUCUGGUGUCGUACGUGUCUCAGGAUGAUAUCGUGAUGGGCAAGGACACUCCGCGGGAGGCGAUCCACUUUUCGGCUCGUCUGCGCCUCGGCCUCGACGCGGACGCCGCCCGUCGCCGCACCGCCAACGUGAUCAAGCGUCUCUCCCUCACCAAGUGCCAGGACACCAUCCUCGGCAUCGCUGGCAUUCUCAAGGGCGUCUCUGGCGGGGAGCGGAAGCGUGCGAACAUCGGCACGGAGUUGAUUACGAACCCUUUUGUUAUGCUGCUCGACGAGCCGACGACCGGCCUCGACUCCGUCAACGCCGUCCGCGUGGGGCAGCUGCUGCAGGAUCUCGCGAAGAACGAUAUGCGCACCGUCAUCGCCACGGUGCACUCCCCGUCGUCGGAGCUGUUCGGCCUCUUCGACGAUCUGCUGCUGCUCGCGCGUGGCCACGUCAUCUACCACGGCCCCACCGCGGACUCUAUCGAAUACUUCGCCUCCCUCGGCUACCACGUCCCGCCCCGCACGAACCCGACGGAGUACUUCAUGAACUUGCUGCAGCUACCGGAGGAAAUCCUGUCGCAGCUGUGGCUCGCCUGGGAAGACUACAUCAUGUCCGAUGCCGCGGAGACCAACCCGUGUCUGACGCCGGUGACGGGGGCGAUUACGAUGACGGACGACUACCUCGAGGAGCAGCUGAAGCUGAAGGGCGCAAACUUCUGUCUGCAGUUUAUGGAGCUGCUGAAACGGUCAUGGCGCAUGUACAUGCGCGAUCCCGGCAACUUCUACGGCCGCGCCAUCCAAACCCUCUUCUUCGCCGUCUUCCUGGGCCUCUUCUUCAUCAACGUGAAGCUGAGUCAGCAGGGCGUGCAGGAUCGCCAGGGAUCGCUCUACAUCACCCUCAUGAACAACCUCUUCGGGGCGGCCAUGAACGGCAUCGCCGCCUUCCCGCCUGAGCGCGCUGUGUUUCUGCAGGAGCAGGCGAACGACGCCUACAACGCGUACAUCUACUUCCUCGCCAAGAACGCCGCCGAGCUGCCGUGGCAGGUGCUCUUCCCCACCGUGUUUGACCUCAUCGCGUACUUUAUGAUUCACUUCUACCGCAGCGCCGACGCCUUCUUUGUGAACUGGUUCAUCCUCGUGCUGCUCGGCAACUUCGGCUACGCCUUUGGCCUCAUGUUCGCCACCUUCUUCAAGGAGUCGCAGGCGGCCUUUGCGAUGGUGCCGCUGGUUCUGCUGCCGCUCUUCAUUGUGUCGGGCAUGUUCGCCAACACGGACCGUCUGUACCCGUACUGGGAGUGGCUGAACUACCUCUCCUUCCCCCGCCACGCCUACCUCGGCGUCUUCACGAACGAGUUCCGACACCUCAAAGUAAUCUGCAGCCCCGUGACGACCUCGUGCACCUACCCCAACGGCGACGCCGUGAUUGAGUACAUGGGCUUCCAGGGUUGGCACUACUGGCAGACCUUCGUCUCGCUCAUCGUCUACCAGAUUGGCCUGCGCGUCAUCGGUGCCACCUCCCUCUACUAUCAAGGACGCCAGCGCCGCGGUAAGCUGCAGUUCGUCAAGAACCUCAGCAAGCGGGUCGCCUCGCCGCGCGCCAUCGCGUCUGCACGCAGCAACGACGAGCUGUCCGAUGCGAACUCGACGCUGAUCGGCUCGAUAGCCACGCCGUCGAACGCGUACGGCUCGACCGGGGCCGCCACGCCGUCCGCCCAUUCCUCGCGCCGCCAGCCCUUCUACGCCGACGAUAGCGAGCGUGCGACGCUGUCCUCGCUGGACACCCCGGUGACCUACGAAGAGAGCCCCAUCGAUAUUGAGGUGGAGUAA